AUUUAUUAUUUUAAAUAUAAUAUUGUUAUAUAUAGUUAAACAGCAAUAAUUAAUCUUUUGAAAAUAUAAAAAUUAUUUUUUAAUACAUUUUAAUACAUAAUUUAAAAAGAACUUUCUAAGUUCUUUUAAAUAGAGGUUAAGGUUGCAUAAAUAUAGAAUUAUUUUGUAGUUUUAAGAUAUAGAAUUGAAUCCAAAGCAGUUGGGACAUGUCCUAAUUUAUCUGUUAUAAGAAGUAGGAAAUAUUGAGAAAAAUAUGUUUAAUAUCAAUUCAUCCAAAUCAUCAUCACAGUUAUUAGAAAUAAAUGAAAAUAAAAUGGGAAAUAACAUGGAUUUGGAUAACAUAGCGCUUUAUCUUAUUGGCAGUAAAGAGAGGUUUAGAGAAAAUAUUAUAAUUCCAAGAACUGUGGGACCUAUACAACUUAAAACUAAUGAAGAAAAAUUAAUAGAAAGUGUAAUGGAGAGUUGUAUCUUUAAAAGUAUUGCAAGUUGUGUUAUAGGAUAUGGCUUAGGAGCUGCAAUCGGUUUAUUCUCAUCUAGUGUAAAUCCAAAUAUGGCAAGCAUUGAAAAACAGCAAACUGUUCGUGAAGUUUUUAGAGAAAUGAAAACUACAACACUAGGUUAUGCAAAAAAUUUUGCUGUAGUUGGUUGUGUAUAUUCCGCAACUGAAUGUGCAAUAGAAUCGUAUAGAGGAAAAUCUGAUUGGAAGAACGGGACAUAUGCUGGUGGUUUAACAGGUGGAAUAAUAGGUCUAAGAGCUGGUGUGAAAGCAGGUUUAAUUGGAGCAGCAGGUUUUGCAGCAUUUUCAACAGCGAUAGACUACUAUAUGCAUAAAUCUUAAACAAUGUUAUAAGUUAUAGUAGAUAUAUAUUUGUAUAAAAAAAGUAUAAAACACUUUGAGUAUGCCUGUACAAUACAUAUAAAAAGCACAAGAACAUUCUUAGUAUAAAAAUGCAUACACAUAAGUACAAUAGUUAAAAAAUAAAGUAAAUUCACAUAAUA